AUGUGGGGUAUGGAUAUUGUUGGCCCGAUAUCCCCAUCCUCUUUCAAGGGACAUCGCUUCAUAUUAGCGAUAACUGAUUACUUCUCUAAAUGGGCCAAAACGAUUCCAUUGAAAGAAGUCAAGAUAAGUGAUAUGGUUAAAUUCAUAAAACACCACAUCAUAUACAUGUAUGAUAUUCCGAGACGUAUCAUCCACGACAACAGACCCCAGUUCGUUAGCCUAGCCUUCACUCAGUUCUGCGAUAAAUUCAGGAUCAGGAAUUUGGCCUCAACAGCUUACAACCCUGCUGCUAAUGGGCAAACAGAAGCUUUCAACAAGACCAUUGUCAAGAUUCUCACUAAGGUGGUCUCGACAAACAAAAGAGAUUGGAAUGAGAAGUUGGGUCAAAGCUUGUGGGCUUAUUGUACAAUGGUUCGUACACCGACAGGUGCAACACCAUACUCUCUGGAUACAGAUGUGAAGUCAUAUUACCACUAA